ACAUCUUUUUGCAUGCUAAGUGUUGGUUGCUUUGUGUUACUAACCUUUUGCAUUUGGCAUGGGAGUACUAGGUGAGUCCCUUCCUGCUGUGUUAGAUCAUGCAUUAGACAUGGAUUUUACCGAGGAUACAACUAGACAAGGGAAGAGACUUGGUGAAGAUGUCACAUCCCAUUCUACUGCUAAGAGAGCUAAGGAGUCAAUCUUUUCAGUCAAUACCUCCAAGCUCGACUUGAAGUUGUUGAAAGAGGCUUACGGUUUGUUGUCUUCAAGGGAGAAGCAUGACUUUGAGGUCCGAUUUGGGUGCAUUGGAGAUCUAUUGUCAGUGAUGCCAAAUUGGAACUUGUUUAGAGCCAUGUUGAAAUUUUUUGUGCCAGAAUAUCAAGCUUUUGUGUUCCCACAAUUUGAGUUGUUCACACUAGAAAAAGUUCAAGAAAUGUUGCAAGCUAUAUGGGGGUUUUCAUUCGAAUUCUCGCGACCAUUGGUGACAACUAGAGAUGGUUCUUAUGGGUUUGAUUGGAAUGCAGCAUUGAUGGCUUUGGGAAAGAGAUUGGAAGCCAUGACACCUUCUCAAAGGAUCAGCUUUGUGGCAUUGGGAAUUUAUGGCAUGGUGAUCUUCCCUAUCUAUGUCAAGACCAUUGCACCUACGGUGAUAGCUUUGUUUGAGCAAUUGUUGCACACUUCGACAUUUAAUCCUGCUUUUACGGUGGUAGCCGAAACUUUGUGGUCUAUGAAAGAAAUCUGGGCUAAAGGAUUCGGUCGCUUCUUGGGUUGCAUCGAGUUGUUCACUACAUGGGCACAAGGUCACUUGAAGGGUCCCCAAUUUGAAGCUUUAUUCAGCGUUCCUAUGAAGGAUAGAAAGACAGAGGAUUGGCAUCGAUCACUUCUAGCAACAACUGUUAAUGAUGUCAAAUUUGUUCUCCCGACUUGGAGUGCUACUCAUUAUCUCGCUCCACCCAAAGGACAUCACUCUAUUCCUUUGUUGGGUAUUCAUGGAGGGGUUACAUAUUCUGUGGAGUUGGCAUCCCGUCAGUUUGGAAAGGCACAAAACGCUCCCUAUCUUGAGGAUGCAUUACAGUCACACUUUGAUUACAUGUCUUCCCCGGUGAUUGUUAACAAGGUAUCCGAGGCACAUAAGAUGUGGGAGAGAUGUAGGAUGCUACCCAUAUGGAAAGGGAAGGGGACUAGAUCACAAUAUGAGCAAUGGAGGUCGAGUUGGAUAGCUAAGCUCUCUUUGCCAUGCAAGGUGACAAAUAUGAAAAACUCUACCAUCAGGGACUUAACUGCUAAGUUGGAGCUUAGCCAUGCUCAAAGAUGUCAGCUAUUAGAGAAGUAUGAUGAAUUAGCUCUUGAUUAUGAGUUGCUUAAAAGGGGAAAAGAGUUGUCAAAUCAGCAAGUGGUGGAGUUGAAGGACAAGAUUGCCUCAAUGGAAAAGGACUUGACUGCUAGUAAAGAAAUUUGUGGAAAGCAAAGGAGGAGCUUGAACUUUGCUGAAGAACAAAAGAAAAGGCUGCUACAAGUAAAGGCGGAUCUUAAAGCAAGAGAAAAGGAGAACAAGGAGCUUAUUGAGAAGGUGACUAGGCAGCAAGAGUUGAAAGGAAAAGUGAUUAAGUGGAGGAAUGCUUACAACAACCUAUUGUCUGAUUACAAUACUCUACAAAAGGAAUUGCAAGCAGCAAAGCAAUCAAAGCAAGGAAAGAAGGAGAACACAACUUGAAGAACUUGGGGAAGAUGGGUUACUUAGGAGCUUUUGUACGAAUGUUAGAAAUUCAGAUCUAUUAAUGAAAACUUGCUUGAAUGAAUACAAUCUUUCUUC